GUGGUAAGUACCCUUUCCUUGUCUGGGUCCUUCAGUGGUCCAUCGGCUUGUGGUUGUUGGUGGCCAUGUUGCAAUCACAGUGUUGGAAACCACAGAUGUGUGCUUACCUGGGCAUUUCUGGGCUGACACAGUAGUUUGGGCUGAAUUUUAGACCAGACCAGCACUUAGUAGGGGUGGAGGUGCGAUGAUCGAUUAUCACCUGGGGAAAGUGAACAGCCAGGCCAACCCAGAACCCUUCCUGGAUGAGCUUGAAGGAUAACGUGAAGUUGAGAAGAUGCUUACACUGGAAGAUCACAUGGAAGGCAUCGUCAACAUCUUCCACCAGUACUCAGUUCUGACAGGGGAUCCUGAGACCCUCACUAAGAAUGAGAUGAGGAUGUUGAUUACAAGGGAACUUGCAAACACCAUCAAGAACACCAAAGAUCCAGCUACAAUCAACAAAAUAUUCCAGGAGCUGGAUGAAAAUGUAGAUGGGAUGGUCAGCUUUGAGGAAUUCGUAUCCCUGCUGGUCUCCGUGUUGCUGACUACUCAUAAGAACAUCCACAAGAAAUAGAAAGCUCUCUGAGGGCCUAUUCACCAGCAAGGUCCCCAAGAAGAUGUUUUCUUCCUCUCACCAAAGCCCUCCCUUAUCUGGGGGAGUGUUGAGUUAAUAAAUUCACCUGGGAAAUGUUA